GAGCAAAUUGAGGUGUCUGGCAACGCUUUACGUUUGGCGCCUUUUUGUUGUCAACAAUAAUUUGGCGGGAAAAGUCCCAGGCAGUGGUGUCUCCCGGGGUUGUGGUCGUCUUGUGUCCUCAAGUUCACCCUUAUUUGCACGGUGGUCAAUAGUAAGAGUGAAUCAUCAUGUCGUCUCCUGGCCGUCGCAGCACACGUUCGACGCCUAGCAAGCAGAGUGACACAAGUGAACUGGUUCCUCUGCCUCCGUCAUCACCUGGAUCAGAACUUCUGCCAGCCACUUCACCAGCUCCAGUACGCUUUAACCCUGCCAUCAGUGAGGUGGACUUGAGCUCUCCUCUUAACUAUGGGACACCAAGCAGUGUUGGAUCAUCCCUACGAACGCCUCGCUCUGGAGUUCGAGGAACACCCAUCCGUCAUAGAUCAGAUAUCCGAUCUGAUCGGCGCAUUAGACAGGUAAACAUCUCGACUGACCCAGCUAGCGAAUCUAAUGCAGAGGGAGUAGCUGCUACUUCAGCACCCCCUGGAGGAUCGGCCCAAACUGAGGGACCCCAAGGCCCCCAACUUGUUAUCUGGGGCACAGACGUAGUUGUAGCAGACUGUAAGGAUCGAUUUAAAACCUUCGUACUUCGUUUUGUGGAUCCUGAUGCAGCAGAAGAUGAACGAGUUGAGGGCAUGAAUACUGAGGAACCAUUGUAUCUACAAAAAUUAGAGGAGAUUCACACAUUGGAGGAACCUUUCUUGAAUAUAAACUGCUCACAUCUCCAUCAGUAUGAUUCAGACCUGUACCGCCAACUCAUUUGCUAUCCACAGGAAGUUAUUCCUACUUUUGACAUGGCUAUCAAUGAGAUGUUCUUUGAACGAUACCCAGAUACCAUUUUGGAGCAUCAGAUUCAAGUGCGACCCUUUAAUGCCGAAAAGACAAAGAACAUGCGUGCAUUGAAUCCGGAAGAUAUUGAUCAGCUCAUCACCAUCUCGGGCAUGGUGAUCCGCACCUCAAACAUCAUUCCUGAAAUGCGUGAAGCUUUUUUCCGUUGCCAUGUUUGUUCAUUCACAACUACUGUUGAGAUUGAUCGUGGACGAAUUGCUGAGCCAACUCACUGUACCCACUGCAACACGAGUCACACAUUCACAUUAAUCCACAACCGCUCACAGUUCUCUGAUAAACAAAUGAUCAAGUUGCAAGAGAGUCCAGAUGACAUGCCUCCUGGUCAGACCCCCCACACUGUGCUUGUUUAUGCUCAUAAUGAUCUUGUUGAUGGAGUCCAGCCUGGUGACCGGGUCACUGUUACUGGUAUCUACAGAGCCACCCCCAUGAGACUGAACCCUCGCAUGCGAAACCUCAAGAGUGUUUACAAGACACACAUUGAUGUUGUUCACUUUCGCAAAGUGGACGUUAAAAGACUUCAUGGACAGGAAGAAGGGGAGACUCCACGUUUUCCUCCUGAGCGGAUUGAACUGCUGAAAGAAUUAUCCCGCAAGCCUGAUGUAUAUGAACGCCUUGCUCGUGCAAUUGCUCCCUCCAUUUAUGAAAAUGAAGACAUCAAGAAAGGAAUAUUGCUGCAGUUGUUUGGUGGAACUAGAAAAGACUUCACUAAUGCUGGCCGGGGUCACUUCAGAUCUGAGGUAAACAUUCUUCUAUGUGGUGAUCCUGGAACAUCCAAAUCACAACUGCUUCAGUAUGUGUACCACCUGGUGCCACGAUCACAGUACACCAGUGGCAAGGGCUCCUCAGCUGUAGGUCUGACUGCUUAUAUCACUAAAGACCCUGAAACUCGGCAACUGGUAUUGCAGACUGGUGCCCUGGUAUUGGCUGAUAAUGGUAUUUGCUGUAUUGAUGAGUUUGACAAGAUGAAUGACUCCACAAGAUCCGUGCUUCAUGAAGUGAUGGAGCAGCAAACUCUUAGUAUUGCAAAAGCAGGGAUUAUUUGUCAACUUAAUGCUAGAACCUCCGUACUUGCUGCUGCCAAUCCUGUUGAAUCACAGUGGAACAAGAACAAAACCAUCAUUGAGAAUAUCGAGCUUCCUCAUACUCUUCUUUCACGUUUUGAUCUUAUCUUCCUCAUCCUGGAUCCACAAGAUGAAUUGUACGAUCGUCGACUUGCACGCCAUCUCGUUUCCUUGUACUAUCGCUCAGAAGGUUUGAGUGAGGAAGAAAUGUUGGACAUGAGCAUUCUUCGAGAUUAUUUGGCAUAUGCACGUGAAUAUGUCCACCCAAAACUUUCUGAAGAUGCUUCCCAGCGUCUUAUAUCGGCCUAUGUUGAUAUGCGUAAGGUGGGUAGUGGCCGUGGACAAGUGACUGCCUAUCCUCGUCAGCUCGAGUCUCUUAUCCGUCUGGCUGAGGCACAAGCUAAAGUACGUCUGUCUCACACGGUGGAAGUUGCAGAUGUGGAAGAGGCAUGGAGAUUGCACCGUGAAGCCCUCAAGCAAUCUGCUACAGACCCCAUGUCUGGUAAGAUUGAUAUCAGCAUCCUAACAACAGGAAUGAGUUCUGCUGCCCGCAAGCGGCGUGUUGAAAUAGCUCAGUCUUUGAAAAAGUUGAUUCAAGCUAAAGGCAAAGUGGUUACUCUAAACUUCCAGAAGGUAUUCCAGGAAUUGAAGGAUUCUUCAGACUUGAUGAUCACUCGUGAGAUGUUCGAGGAUGCUCUUCGUGAUCUACAGGAUGACGAAUUCCUUGCUCUCACUGGCAAAUCUACUAUUCGUAUAAUUCAUUAGGGACUGAAGACAUCUAAAUAAUUUGCUUAGUAUUGCAAGCUUCAGUAAAACAUCUUUUAAUUUUUAUGAAAUCUACAGUAUUUACAUAAUUUUCCUUGGAAGAUGAUUGUCACCUUAUAUUGAUCUUCAUGUACAGUAGAUAUUGGAUUGUCUCUUGUAUAGUAAGUUCCUUCUAAUAAAUCACAGUUGAUAUAGUGAGAGGUCUGUAAAAUGUUGGGUCACAUUUUUUUAUAUAGAUUAUAUUACUAAAAGUAAAAAAUGGCUAUUUUAAUGUAAGCCUUACAAUUUUCUAAAAAUGCAUUUUUCUGAAAUAAAGAGAAUUUUCUGACUAGCAAA